UUACUACUACAUUGAGACAUCAUCACCAAGACAACCCGGUGAUGUGGCUCGCUUUGUCAGCCAAGAGUUUGCUCCAACAUCAGCGACGGGUUACUGCCUGUCCUUCUGGUACCACAUGCUGGGGAAUGGCGUGGGAGCUCUUCACGUGGUCAUCAAGGAAAAGUCCGGCCCCGAGAUCUACGUCUGGAGCCUGUUUGGCUCGCAGGGUAACCAGUGGCUGCAGGCUAAGGUCCCCGUUUCCAGCAACGAUAUCUGGCAAAUCUCAUUUGAUGGAUCUCGAGGAAGCAACAUUCGUGGAGACAUCUCCAUUGAUGACAUCGUCUUGGACAUGCAACCCCUGCAGCCAUGUACCUUGCAACCAUCUGGUGCCACCCCUGCCCCUCCAACCAUGUCACCUACACAAUCAUCCUUGGCUAUCGACUGUAGCUUUGAGAAUGACACCUGUGGGUGGAGGCAGGCAACAGAUGAUGACUUUGACUGGACACGGCAACAAGGGACAACCGACACCACACAGACUGGACCCAGUGCAGAUCACACAACUGGCAGUGGCUACUAUGUCUUCAUAGAAACCUCCACUCCCCAAGUUCAAGGGGACACAGCACGACUGGUCAGUCCUUAUGUGAGCCCCGGCACUGACAUGUGUCUGAAAUUCUGGUACCACAUGUACGGCACACAUGUGGACACCCUCAACGUGUACAUCCAGACUGGACCAUCAAUGGGCACAGCUGUGUGGACUCGAACGGGAACACAGGGAGACCAGUGGUUGGAGGGGCUGGUGCAGGUUACCACUCGUGGGCAGUACAAUCUGGUGUUUGAGGGUACAAGAGGAGCUUCCUACAGAGGCGACAUUGCUCUUGAUGAUGUUACUUUUCAUCCUGGCGACUGUCCUCAAGUUGUGGUGACCCCUGCCCCCAGCACGGCCCCUACAACCCAGACUUGUGAUUUUGAGAACCAGAACCUGUGUGGCUACACCCAGGAUGGCACAGAUAACUUUGACUGGACAUGGUCAACUGGUGGCACAGGAACAACCAAUACUGGACCAACUAAUGAUCACACCUAUGGCACUGCAGCAGGUCACUACAUGUACACGGAGACCUCCAGUCCUCGUGUUCCCGGGGAUGUGGCUCGCUUGAUCUCCCCUGCGUUCCAAAGCUCAGUCAACUCCUACUGUGCACAGUUCUGGUACCAUCUGUACGGACAGCACAUCGGGGAGCUGAACGUCUACACCAAAAGGCAGGGGAACCUGGGUACAGCCGUGUGGACCAUGACAGGAGAUCAGGGAAAUCAGUGGUACAUAGCAUCUGUCACCCUGGACAGCACAACAGACUUCCAGCUGGUCUUUGAGGGCGUGCGUGGUCAGUCAUACCGCGGCGAUAUCGCCAUCGAUGAUGUCACAGUCAGCAGUGGAGCAUGUGUUGCACCAGGUGACUGCGACUUUGAGAAUGGCCCCUGCACAUGGACCAACACCCAGACUGGUGAUGAGUUUGACUGGAUCGAGGGGACAGGAGCGACGGCCAGCCCCAGCACUGGACCCCCCUCUGACCACACACUGGGAAAUGGCCAAGGUACCUACAUGUACAUCGAGAGCUCCUCCCCUCGCGUGCCUGGAGAUCGUGCUCGGUGGGAAAGCGAGUUGUUCCCCGGCUCCCAGCAGUCGCGCUGCAUGAGUUUCUGGUACCACAUGCGAGGGCCGGACAUCGGUACCCUGACCGUGUAUGUGAACGCUGGAUCAGCAGACCAGACUGUGUGGCAGCUCUCUGGAGACAAGGGGAACCAGUGGCUCAAUGGCAAGGUUGCCGUCAGCAGUGCAACCUCAUAUCAGGUUGUGUUUGAAGCAGUCCGUGGUGCUGAUUACCAGGGUGACAUUGCUAUUGAUGAUCUGUCCUUUACAGACGGCACAUGUGCAAUAAUGCCAGUAGCAGCCACCCCAGGAGGGGGUCCUACAAGUGUACCUGCCUCUACACCAGCCCCAGGACCAUUUAACUGUGACUUUGAGGCAGACCUGUGUGGAUGGAGACAGGCUGAUGAUGACAACUUUGACUGGACCAGACACCAGGGAACCACAGGAUCUAGUGACACUGGGCCUAGUGGUGAUCACACCACUGGAAGUGGCUAUUACAUCUACAUCGAGGCAUCCAAUGUGGCUGCUAACCGUACUGCCCGAGUGAUCAGUCCUCCUGUCACUGCCACUACGGCCAAGUGUGUCCAGUUCUGGUACCACAUGUACGGUCAGCACGUGGACACGCUCAAUGUGUACAUACAGACGGGUCCAUCUCUGGGCAGCGUGGUGUGGGUGCGGACAGGCACACAGGGAGACCAGUGGAACUAUGGACAGAUUGACAUUACAGCAGGAACAUCAUUCAAUAUGGUGUUUGAAGCUAUCCGUGGGUCUGGUUACCGUGGUGAUAUUUCACUGGACGACAUCUCAAUUGUGGACAGCAGCUGCUCACAAGUGGUUGGUCCUACUGCUACGCCUUCCAUCUCCUGUAACUUUGAAAGCUCGGACAUCUGUGGCUACCAACAGCUGGCCAUUGACGUCUUUGACUGGACCUGGGCCACUGGUAACACUGGAACCACUAACACUGGACCUGAUGAUGAUCACACACUGGGAACAGGUUUUGGUCACUACAUGUACAUUGAGACCUCCAGUCCUCGGAGCCCUGGAGACGCAGCUUUACUCGCUUCUCCGGAAUUUGAUGCAACCAAUCAGCAGCACUGUCUGCAGUUCUACCAUCACAUGUACGGACAGGACAUCGGCAUGCUGAAUGUGUUUAUCCAGAUGGGCAGCACCCUAGGUGCCGCUGUAUGGACACUGUCAGGUGACCAGGGCAACAUGUGGAGCCCCGCAGAGGUCACCUUCACAGCUAACAAUCCUUUCAAGGUUGUGUUUGAGGGUGUGAGAGGACAGAACUUCCGAGGAGACAUCGCCAUUGAUGACGUCACAUGGCGUGAUGGCGUCUGCUCUUCUACAGGGUCGGAUCCAGGGGACUGUGACUUUGAGUACGGCUCCUGUACCUGGAGCAACACUCAGACUGGAGAUGACUUUGACUGGACCGAAGGUCAAGGGUCAACUGGCACGUCGGGUACAGGACCUACUGCUGACCACACUACCCAGAAUGAUCAGGGCACCUACAUGUUCACGGAGACGUCCAGCCCCCGCCAGCCGGGUGACCGUGCCCGCUGGGUCAGUCAGCAGUUCCAGGCCGGCAGCCACUGUCUGGACUUCUGGUACCACAUGAGCGGGGCAGACACAGGAACACUGCGUGUGAUUGUUCAGGAGCUGGGCGGUACAGAGACCACAGUGUGGCAGCUGUCAGGAGACAAGAGUACCCAGUGGCUCAAUGGCAAAGUUGGAAUCACAGGUGGCAACAGACACAGGGUUAUCAUCGAGGGAGUGCGUGGGAAUGGCUUCCGUGGUGACAUCUCCAUAGAUGACCUUGACUUCCUUACAAGCGCCUGCACCAUCCAACCAGCAGACGCUGUUCCAUCAGCUACAACCCCGGCUGUUCCAACAAUGACUACCUCCCCAGCCGUUACUGGGCCAACACCAGGUCCAGGUGCUUUUGACUGUGACUUUGAGACAGACAUCUGUGGCUGGACCCAGGCUGGGGAUGAUGACUUUGACUGGACCAGGAACCUUGGGACAACUGGCAGCACUCAGACUGGCCCCUCCUCAGACCACACCACUGGGAGUGGAUACUACAUCUACAUCGAGACAUCUGGCCAAUCACUGAACCAGACGGCCCGAGUCCUGAGCCCUCAGCUGCCCGGCUCUGGCCAGCGCUGCCUCACAUUCUACUACCACAUGUACGGACAGCACGUCAACAUGCUGAACGUGUACUUCAUGAGGAGAGGCCAGCUGGGACAACCCGUGUGGACCAAGCAGGGCACGCAGGGCGACCAGUGGUGGGCGGGGCAAGUCAACCUGCCAAUCAACCCAGGGGAUGUGGUGGACCAGGUGGCAUUUGAAGGGGUGCGAGGAACCAGCUUCAGGGGAGACAUUGCACUGGAUGACAUUCAGCUGACACAAGGGUCAUGCAGUCCAAUAGUAGUGAACCCCAGUGCAUCCCCCUUGCCUCCCACUGCGGAUACCUGCACGUUUGAUGAUCCAGCCAUCUGUGGCUACACACAGGACACCAACGAUGACUUUGACUGGACACGACUGAGUGGCAACACUCCUACCUCCAAUAGUGGCCCUUCUAAUGACCACACCCUUGGUACUGCAGCUGGCUACUACAUGUACACCGAGAUGUCCAGCCCGCGGGUUCCUGGCGAUGUUGCCCGCCUGUUCUCGCCCACAUACGCAGCCAGCAGUGCGCGCUGUGUGGAGUUCUACUAUCACAUGUUCGGAGGGGACAUUGGCACACUAAAGCUGGAUCUACUGGUGGCAGGACAGACAGUUCCGCUGUGGAGUCUAUCAUACGACCAAGGGGACCAAUGGGUGAUCAACCAGGUCACUAUAAACCCCACAGACUCUUAUCAGCUCGUGUUUGAGGCCAUCAGAGGAGCCAGCUACCGGGGAGACAUUGCGAUUGAUGAUGUCACCAUUAGAGAUGGAAGCUGUGGAGGGGGAGGAAACUGUGACUUUGAGAAUGGUUUAUGUACCUGGACAAAUGAGCUCAACGAUGAUGAGUUUGACUGGAUCCAGGGAACUGGGGACACACCUACCCAGAACACUGGUCCUUCUACUGACCACACCACUGGCACUGGACAGGGUACGUACCUGUUCCUGGAGACUUCCAGUCCCCGUCAGCCUGAUGACAGAGCUAAGUUGGUCAGUGAAGUCUUCCCUGCCACCAGCAGCAAUGGGCAAUGUCUCAGGUUCUGGUACCACAUGUAUGGCAGCAGCAUUGGUAGACUAACUGUGUGGGUCACAGUUGGAGGCAACAGCCGUUCUAUCUGGGAGCUGUCUGGAGACCAGGGCAACAGCUGGAACAGCGGGCAGGUCAACAUCAGGAGUAGUGACAGCUACAGGGUUAUUUUUGAGGGUGUUCGUGGCAACUCCUUCCGAGGAGACAUCUCCCUUGAUGACAUAACCUUCAGCACAGGACCAUGUGGUGUGAUGCCCCCAGAGGCACGACCACAAGGUCCAACCACACAAAACCCAGUAGGACCUACAACAACUACAACUCCUGGACCAUCGCAAGCCCCCAGUGCCUGGGACUGUACGUUUGAGUCAGGACUAUGUCAGUACCAGCAGGCCACUGAUGAUGAGUUUGACUGGACCAGGCAGACUGGCACCACUGGUACAGGAGCCACAGGGCCCUCUACAGACCACACACUCGGUGUUGUUUGCGAGAGCCGCUCCACUCCAAACCGUUACCUGUACGUAUGGGACCUUCCCCAGCUCACACGCUCACGGUUCUACUUCUCGGCAAUGGCAAACAACGACGUCCACAUCGCACUGUCCGCUCAGAACCAAGAUCUGGACGACAUGUAUGAGAUUGUGAUUGGAGGAUGGGGGAACUCACAGUCGGUCAUUAGAAGAGCUAAACAGGGUGCAAACCAAGCUACUGCAGCAACCCCAGGAAUAUUGUCAGCAACUGAAUUUAGAAAAUUCUGGAUCACCUACCUUUCCGAUGGCACGAUCCAAGUUGGACGCUAUGGAGAACAAGUCCCCUUCAUGGAGUGGACUGAUCCUAAUAAGCUAGACAUCAAUUUUGUGGGCUAUUCCUCUGGCUUUGGUGCAGCUGCGCAAUGGAAGUUCUGUGACCUUGCUGACGGAUACUACUUGUUUAUCGAGACAUCCGACCCUCGUCAGGCUGACGACAGAGCCCGGAUAGAGAGUGCAACCCACCCGCCUACUGUCAACCAGGGCAAGUGCCUGACCUUCUACUACCACAUGUACGGAACCCACGUCAACACCCUGAACCUCUACCUGAAGAGUAAUGGGAUCCUGGGUCUUCCCAUCUGGACUAGAUCGGGCACUUUGGGUGAUGAGUGGAGACGGGCUCAUGUGUCCAUUGUCAAGGACAGCAACUUCCAGAUAACAUUUGAAGGGAUACGUGGCACAAGCUUCCGUGGAGACAUUGCGAUUGAUGACAUCAUGCUUGCAGAUGGACCUUGCACAUAUGUUGGUGAGCAUGUGUGUGACUUUGAGGAUGCUAACCUGUGCGGAUACACCCAGGACAGUAGUGAUGUCUUUGACUGGACUCAACAGAGCAGCGUAACCGGAACCACCAACACUGGUCCGACAACUGACCAUACAUAUGGCACUGCAAUAGGUAAAUACAUGUACAUUGAGACGUCCUCUCCCCGACAACCGGGCGACAUUGCCCGCCUGAUCUCGCCCUCCUACCCCGCUACGACCGGCCAGUGCGUGAAGUUCUGGUACCACAUGUACGGAGCCAACAUCGGCAUGCUCAGGGUUUACAUGAGGUCACUGAACGUCCAGGGGAACCCGCUCUGGACCAAGUCAGGUGACCAGGGAGACCACUGGUUGGCUGGCCAAGUCACCAUCAUAUCCACAUCAUCAUUCCAGGUUGUAUUUGAAGGAGAACGAGGAACAGGCUUCAGGGGAGACAUUGCCAUAGAUGAUGUGCAGAUCACAGAUGGAGCUUGUCCAAAUCCCGGUGAUUGUGACUUUGAGGAUGGCAGGUGCACAUGGAGCAAUGUGAACGUUGUGGAUGACUUUGACUGGCUCCUUGGGAAGGGCGACACAAGCAGCCAGUUCACCGGGCCGAGUGUGGAUCACACCCUGGGCACAGAUCAAGGUCAAUAUAUGUUCAUCGAGGCGUCCAACCCACGUGUGCCAGGCGAGACGGCCAUGCUUACCAGUGAGACCUUCCUUGGAAGAACUGCCUGUAUUCACUUUUGGUACCACAUGAAGGGGACUGGAAUCGGAACCCUGAAGGUGUUGGUGCAUAAGGAAAGAGAUAAUACAUACUCCCAAGUGUGGAGUCUCACGGGUGCACAGGGAGACCAGUGGUUUGCUGGGCAGGCACCUGUUUCCCAUGAUCAUGACUACAAGGUGGUUUUUGAAGCUGUAGUAGGAACUGAUCACCUGGGAGACAUUGCCAUUGAUGACAUCUACUUCACCACAUCAACCUGCUCAGUGAGUCCUAUAGCUGCAGUUCCAGGGUCCUCAGCACUGACAACCAUGAUGCCUACAACCAUUCCUCAUUUCCCAACAUCAUCAUUUGCAACAUCUCAGUAUGACUGUAACUUCGAACAGGACCUGUGCAGCUGGCAGCAGUAUACGAGUGAUGAGUUUGACUGGACCCGGGCUCAGGGCCCCACUGGCUCCACACAGACUGGCCCAACUGUAGACCACACUCUGGGAACAGACCAAGGCUGGUACAUCUACAUCGAGACAUCGUCACCUCAGGUUGUUAAUGACACCGCUGUCCUUCUGAGUGCAAACAUCCCAGCUGCCCAGGACAAGUGCCUGCAGUUCUGGUACCACAUGUACGGUGCACACGUGGACGUUCUGAACGUUCGAAUGUACAACAAUCUAGGCUUGACUUCUCCGAUUUGGACCAAGCAGGGUACUCAGGGAGACUCAUGGCACAUGGCAGAUGUUUCUGUGUAUGGUCUGUCUACUCAGUACCAGAUUGCUUUUGAGGCACGCCGAGGUACAAGUUAUCGAGGUGACAUUGGUUUGGAUGACAUCAGAGUGACUGAUGGAGCCUGUGCUGCUCCUGCCUUGACCCAGCCAUGUGACUUUGAGCUGCCAGACAUCUGUGGCUUCACACAAGAUACGACAGAUGACUUUGACUGGACCCAAGACAAUGGAGCAACCGGUUCCUCCAACACUGGUCCUACCACUGACCAUUCCACUGGAACUGAUGCAGGGAAGUACAUGUACAUUGAGACAUCGGCACCCCAGCAGCCAGGCGAUAUUGCUCGUCUUAUCAGCCCACCACUUCCCGGUGACUCCACCAGCUGUCUCCAGUUCUACUACCACAUGUACGGGUCAAGCAUCGGCACACUGAACGUUUACGCAAAGGAUGAUGGGAGUACUAAUCUAGGUGGGGCAAUUUGGAGCAGGUCAGCUGACCAGGGCAACCAAUGGGUGAUCGGAUAUGUCACAGUGCCAAGAAGAAGCCAGUCUAUGCAGGUUGUGUUUGAAGGUAUCCGUGGCAACGGUUUCCGUGGAGACAUCGCCAUUGAUGACGUCCAGUUGACACCAGGGGCAUGCCCUCUUCCUGGAGACUGUGAUUUUGAGAACGGACUGUGCGGCUGGACCAACCCUCAGGUUGGAGAUGAGUUUGACUGGACCAUUGGACAGGGAGAGACCGGUAGCACAUCCACUGGGCCAUCUCAGGACACCACUCUCGGCACUGCUGCUGGUCAUUACGUGUUCCUGGAGUCGUCCUCUCCACGUGUGCCUGGUGACCGCUGCUGGCUGCAAAGUGAGCUGUUCCAACCUACCAGCAGUGGUGGAAGGUGCCUGCAGUUCUCCUAUCACAUGUACGGAAGCUCCGUUGGUACACUCAGUGUCCUCAUUGUUGACUAUGACAAUGGGAAUUCCACCAGGACCGUGUGGUCACUAAGCAGUGACCAGGGAGACCAGUGGCUGUUUGCACAGACCCCCAUCAUCCACACAUCUGGAAUGUACUAUGUAAGACUUGAGGGUCAGAGAGGUCUCAGUUACAGAGGGGACAUUGCUGUUGAUGAUAUCCUUUUCUCAAGUGGAUCAUGUACAGUCCAACCUGUGGCAGCAACACCGUCCACUCCAGUGGUCACUACGACCACAACUACAACAGUCACCACUACCCUGUCUCCAGCAUCCAUCCUGAAUGAGUGCACCUUUGAGACAGACCUUUGUCAGUACCAGCAGGCCCAGGAUGAUGAUAUUGACUGGAUACGAGGACAGGGCCCAACCGGGUCCACCGACACAGGGCCUACAAGCGAUCACACAUUGGGCACAGGUACACGUCUUCUUGUCACAGUUUUCUUUUCACCUUUGUAUGGCUUAAAGAGUGAUUUUUAA